GAACAAAUCAGUACAUGUUCGUUUGAAUGUCGAAAAAUCAGUUCGAGCAAAGGAAGUCAAAAACAAACAGUUUGAACAAAUGGAAUAUUUACAGUCUGUGGAGAGAUUAUCAUUUGACUUGGACGUCAUGUUAUGUAUGCCAUCAGGACUCCGUGUCAUUCGCAAGGCAUUCGAUACAGAUCCUCGUUUACUGCCUCGCCAGUACGCUUCCAUAGCAAGCGAGGUGGCAAUACUUCGAACGCUUAUACAUCCAAACCUCGUCCGUGUAUAUGGAACGUCCACUGAUGCAGGUUCUGUUUAUGUGCUCUCUGAAUUCUGCGAAGGUGGAAAUUUGGAAUCGAUAGCAAAAACUGUUGUAAAAAGAAAUGGAAUUGUCGGAGAGGUUGUCUUGGGUAAAAUAUGUGAAGGGGUAUUAAACGGACUAGCCUUUCUUGAGAGUAAAUGCAUAGCCGUAGCAGAACUACAGCCUCGUAAUAUAUUUGUAACUCGUGAAGGCGAAAUUAAACUCAAUGAAUACGGUUCGUUUUAUACCGACUCGUGCAUCAUGAGUCAAGUGUCUGCACCAAAACCAGUUUACGCAUCGCCCGAACGGAUCAAAGGCGAGCCGUAUACUAUUACCAAUUUAGUCUGGUCGCUUGGAAUCAUUAUAGUAGAGUUGGCAGAUAACAAAUAUCCGUUCAAUACUAUGGAUAGCGUUUCGCUGCUCGGGCUGCUCAUGAAAAUAGUUAGAGACCAACCACCAAAGUUGGGUAAUUCAAACUCUUGGAGUGACGAUUUGAGAUGCUUUACUAAAACUUGUUUGAUUAAAGAUCCAAUACAUCGACCGACUCCAAGUAAAUUAAUUGAACAUCCGUUUAUACGGUGGUCUAAAACAAGAAAAGUCAAUAUGAAAAAGUGGAUCAGACAAGUCUGGGAAUGGGAUUCUUAG